GAGUAUUUUAAUUUAUUUCUAACAAACUUCUAAAGGAGAUAACUAUUCGUUUUUGUUUUUUUUGGAACUGUUUUUAUUCUUAGCCUUUUUUUUCCCCCAUAAAGGGGUGCCUUUUUUUUUUUUAACCCAAAUUAAACAUGCUACUCUGCUUCGCCCUAUAAGCAUCCUAGGAGUCCGUGCUUGCCAAUCAAUUGGAACAGUGAAACAGAGCCACAGUCUGCGCAGGAGUGGAGACCUUCAGUCUCGCUUUCUUUCUGGAUACCGAGGGACCUCUCUACCAUGUCAUAUCCACAAUUUGGAUAUCCAUACUCGUCUGCUCCACAAUUCCUGAUGACAACCAACUCUCUAACCACUUGCUGCGAGUCCACGGGUAGAUCCAUAUCCGACACCGGGGUAGCAGCGUCCGGACAGACACCGGUCUACUGUCCGGUGUAUGAGAGCAGACUGCUGGCCACGGCGAGGCAUGAACUGAGCUCAGCCGCCGCGCUGGGUGUGUACGGCAGCCCUUACACCGGCGGUCAGGGCUAUGGAAAUUACGUUACAUACGGCACAGACGCAUCGGCUUUCUACUCCCUGGGUACAUUUGAUACAAAAGAUGCUGCAGCUUCUGCGCAUGCGGGUAUCACCCAAGCAACUGCCUACUACCCAUAUGAUCCUACCUUGGGACAGUAUCAGUAUGACAGAUAUGGUUCCAUGGAUGGAGGCACAAGGCGAAAGAACGCUACUCGUGAGACAACCAGUACCUUAAAGGCCUGGCUGCAAGAGCACAGAAAGAACCCGUACCCGACCAAAGGGGAGAAGAUCAUGCUGGCCAUCAUCACCAAGAUGACCUUGACACAGGUCUCCACCUGGUUUGCAAACGCCCGGAGGAGACUGAAGAAGGAGAACAAGAUGACGUGGCCGCCCAGAAACAAGGGCUCAGAGGAGAAGAGAUAUGACGAAGAUGAGGAGGGGUCUCAGGAGGGGCAGAUAAAAAGCGAGAAUACAGAUGAUGACUCCAGAAGUCGAGCUGAUAAGGAACUCCAGCUGAGCGACCUGGAUGAUUUUGACGCGCUUGAGUCUGAAAGCUCUGAGUGUGAGAUGAAGCAUCGAUACCACAUGAACGCGCACAUGUCAACGACAACCAAUUGCUCUGCCGAGCACCUGGUGAAAAACGCGCCUCUGAAGAUCUCUGCCCCCGUUUCUCUGGAUGGAGAGCAGGACUUAGGGAAAACCUGUCUGAAAACGAGCCCGGAGGACUUCCAGCCGGAGAGCAUACAGCAGGGAAAGUCGUGCUACAGCCAGCAGCAACAGGGUCACCAAUUAUUAGACGGCAAACCCAGGAUCUGGUCUUUGGCACAGACCGCGACGUCCCUAAACCAGACUGAGUAUCCGUCCUGCAUGUUGAGGUGCCAGGCGCCUCCCUCGUCCCUCACGCCGUCCCCCGCUGCCACCUCACCCGUUACCGGACUGGACAACCGACAGGACUCGCCCGUCACCACGCUAAGAAACUGGGUGGAUGGGGUUUUCCACGAUCCCCUGUUCAGGCACAGCACGUUGAGCCAGGCUCUGACCAACACCACCGUCUCCUGGACCACCAACACCAAAGGCAGCGUCCUGGAUGCGGAGAGGAGCGCCUCGGCCUUGCAUCAGCACCAAGACCCGCCUAAAGACAGUGUCAUGAGUUUCCCAAAAACUAUCAACAAACUUUUUUGCUCCUAACGUAACCAAAUCACAAAUAAAGACUUAUUUUGGGACUAAAAAAAAAAAAGAAAAUGAAACACAAACAAGCAAAUAAAAAAGGAGGGAUCAGCCUGUUAAGUCUCAGCGGUUUCUCUUGUUUUAUUCUUUUUGCUAUGUAUCCAUAAGCUGUUACAGACCUAAAACAUCCGGAUCGUUUUGAUUCAUUAAACUCAGCGCACGCACAUAAAAAAAAAUGUAUAAUCAGCAGCCUGCAAUCCGGAGAAGAAAAAGUAGGACUGCUAUUUUUUUUUUUAAGAUUUUUUUUUAUAUGAGCAUGCAAAUGUUAAUAAUUGAUGAUAAUUUAAGUCUCAGCAAAUGAGAAUCACUAUUAAAAAGAAGGGGAAAAAGUCUCACAUAUGCACUGCUCUCAGAAGAAGUGAAUGAGAGCGUUCCAACUUUGUUCACUGAAAAUAAA